AUGAAGUGGUACUGGCCAGGUAAAUCUCCGGAAUGGGCAGACGAAGCCGAUGAAGAUGGCGAUAUCAGGAUGUUCAAGAUGGACAUCCUGGAAAAGGCCUUCCCAAGCCAUGACGGCGCUUCCGAUCCCGCCUUAAGAGACAAUCCCAGGCUCCGCCGUCUGGCCGUGAGCAGGAUCGACAAUCGCAACGAGGCAAGAGCCAACCACUGGAGAAUCCGGCAGCCGAGAUUAUAUCCACAGAAGAGGAGGAAAAGCUAG